AUGGUGGAAGGUGACUUUGGACUAAUAUCGUUCGCCUUAAUAGGUCGAAGAGUAGAGCUAGAUCCUAAAGGCAAUGUCAAGACAGAAGAUCUUGAGCAUGGUAGCCGCUUGUUGUGGUCGUUGUCCAAGCUCCAACUGCUUCGUGACGCUGAUUGGAAAGUAGCAGUACCGAAGUCUAUUAGUAUUUCUUCCACUCAGCGCAAACUCCGUGCCAUUCAGGGUCAACGGGUUGGAAAUAUACUACAAUCCGGAGAUGAAUGCAAUCACUGCUCGAUGGGUUAUGGCACUUUUCAUAAAUGUGUCGGUCCCUCAAAGGCUGCCCAGAGCACCAGUAACGAAGCUUUACAUCACCUGGAAUCCAAAAAGCGCAAGAGAGCCAUUGAAUACGAUCGCACAUACUAUCAGUCACCACUGGAGCUCCCUGAUUUCAAGAAGGAUGGAAAUUUCGCCCAGAAGCGCCAGGCACUCGAGUCAAUCCAUACCGUCUAUGAUCGUGUCCUGCAAGACAUUAGUCGGCUUUUCGACUCUCUAUCAAAGUCGAACGAGCUGGAGUCUAAUGCGGAAACAGAUGAUGAGAAAAGAGAUUUGGUUGCCGGUGAGCCCGGGGUGAGUUCGGAGAGCGUGGAAGCAACUGUCGUUCCAGUGGACACUGCACCAAGAUGGGAAGGGAAAGGGGGAGGAGACCUGUUAAAGUACCUCGUCGCAGCUGGCAAAUUGCGUUACAAAAAAGAGGAAGAUCAAGAAGCGACUGCUGUGUUUACCAAGUCGCGCCCAAAAAAACCGAAACUAGAGCGUGAU